AUGGGAAACUCGCAAGGGAAGCAGGUGGCUCCCACCGAUGAGUUGAAUUUGAACCAGUUUCGUCUGUUGCGGGUGGUUGGCAAAGGUGCUUUCGGCAAGGUCCGCAUCGUGGAGAAGAAAGACACCGGGUUGACGUUUGCGCUGAAGUACAUUCGGAAAGAAGAAGUGGUUCGGUCGGAAAGCGUACGGAAUAUCAUCCGUGAACGGCGGAUGCUCGAGCACUUGAACCACGCGUUCCUUUGCAACUUGAGAUACAGCUUCCAAGACAUUGAAUAUAUAUACAUUGUGGUGGAUUUGAUGAAUGGUGGUGAUCUGCGGUUCCACAUCUCGCGGAAAUGUUUCACAGAGGAGGCAGUGCGCUUCUGGAUAGCUGAGCUGGGCUGUGCUCUGAGAUAUAUUCACUCGCAGGGAAUCAUUCAUCGUGACGUCAAGCCGGACAAUAUCUUGUUGGAUUCCGAGGGGCAUGUCCACUUGGCAGAUUUUAACGUUGCUUCCGAUUUCCGACCCGGCAAGCCUCUGACGAGCAAAUCUGGAACGUUAGCGUAUCUCGCCCCGGAAGUAUACGAAGGCGGCGGAUACUACUGCGAAGUCGACUGGUGGUCGCUUGGAGUUACGUUCUACGAGUGUAUCUAUAACAAGCGCCCAUUUGAAGGUCGGAGCCAGGAUGUCCUCAGCGAGAAUAUCAAAAAGGCGCAACCGAAGUACUUCGUCACAAACCCCGCGGUUUCUGUUCCCUGCUUGCGAGCAAUGUCGGCAUUUAUGGAGAGGGAUCGGUCGAGGCGCAUCGGUGCGAUUAGCUUUGAGAGUUUCACUUCGCACAUGUUCUUCGCCGAUCUCGACUUUGUCGCGCUUGAGCAGAAGGAAGUCCCGCCCGUGUUCCGACCCUCCAGCGACAAAACCAACUUUGAUGCUACGUAUGAUCUGGAGGAGUUGCUUUUGGAGGAGGCGCCGCUCGAAGCCAGAGCCCGUCGGCAAAAACCCAGAGCGGAGUUGCGAGAGGAUGCGACGGCCAAGGAGAUCCGGGAGGAUGAGUUACAUCGUCUCAUUGAGACGAUGUUUGAACCCUUCGAUUAUACCAGGGUGAACUAUGUAGGGUACGUGGGGGGUCAGACCAAGGAAAUGUCUGAGCGCGAGCUAACCGACAUCAGAAAUGCCGCGGAUGCGAUUGCCGCAUCAACAAACCCGGAAGAGUGUCUCCCGAUACAGUCAACGCAUUCACGACAGGUCUCCCAGCCCGACCUUUCGAGAAACUCGCCUCCCCUACGGAACGAUGGCUCUGCCAGUCACUUAACUCAGCCGGACACCCCGUCUCCUCUCAGCGAGACACCGACUUCGCAAGCGUCUUUGCCUCUCCCACCACCCCCGCCUGCUCCGCCUUUCCAUCGUCCUCUGCCACCUUCUGCCGCGCAACAGCGAGGCGCAACACGCAAGCAGAGCAAGGGUGGAGGUGUCCAGAUGGUACUGGAGGAGGCCGGUAGCUGGAGCGAGCUUGCUGAUCACAGCUCCACCCUUCCCGCGGAAGGCUACGAUACUGGGUCCGCCAAGGGGAAAGGCUCGAACAGCGGCAUGCUUGCUUUCCUCAGCAGAAAGAAGGGGCGCGACAGGAGCCCGAAGCCCCAGGAGCCAGGUGUGCUGGGUAAAGAAGGCGCCAGGCAGAUUAUCAGCUGAAGGGCUCGCUCGCAUUUGAUACCCGGAGGAGGAACGCUUUGCUAUGACUUGACCACUGUUGGACAGUUCGAUAGAGAUUUUUUGCCUGUUGAGAAGCUCGCGCUUUCCGAU